UUCCGCGGGGCCCGGCACGACCCCUCUUUGGAACGGCGUCCGUGGGCCCGCGGCCAGCUCCGCGCCGCCCUGGGCUGGGCGCGAUCCGCGCGGGGAGUUUUGAUGCCUUCCUAUCUGAUGGGUUUCCAGCUGUUCUGAUGAUGGCUUAAGAAGAUUACAUGCUGUUCCUGCUCAGUGCUAAGACAAACCCACUCAGAACCUUGGUUCUCAGUCCUUCAUGGAGACCUGCUUCCAGCAAGAAUGGCAGUACAGAAAAUUGGUAUUCAGAUGGCUCCUCAACACGAAGUUGUCCCAGGCUAUGGGCUGACCCGAGAACACCUGGCAGCCCAGCCAGCCCUCUGUGCAUUACCCAGGACAAGGCAGCAUGGCAUGGAUUCAGAGCAGGAAGCUUUGGGUGUUUUGCCUGUGCGUGACAGCUACCGUUUUUCUGAUUGUCACACUCCAGGUAGUGGUUGAGUUGGGGAAAUUUGAAAGGAAGAAGUUUAAAGAUUCCAGUUUUCAAGAUGGGCUCUAUGUGGAGGAGAAGACUACGGAUCUCAAUCCAUUUCCCCAAGAAGCCCUAGCCUUGCAUGGGAAGAACACACUGGGUGUUGGUAGCUACCCCAUCUUGCUGUGGUGGUCCCCACUGACAGGGGAGACUGGAAGACUGGGCCAGUGUGGGGCAGACACUUGUUUCUUUACCAUUAACCGCAGCUUGCAACAUCAUCGCAUGACCAAAGCCUUCCUCUUCUAUGGCACUGACUUUAACGUGGACAGCCUGCCUCUGCCUCGGAGCGCCCAUCAUGACUGGGCCCUUCUUCAUGAGGAGUCUCCAAAGAACAAUUACAAGCUCUUCCAUAAGCCAGUUAUCACGUUGUUCAACCACACGGCCACAUUCAGCAGGCAUUCCCAUUUGCCACUCACUACCCAGUAUUUGGAAAGUGUGGAAGUCUUGAAGUCACAGAGAUACGUAGUUCCCUUGAAAUCCAAAAACAACCUCAGAAAAAGACUAGCUCCGCUGGUCUAUGUCCAGUCAGACUGUGAUCCGCCAUCAGACAGGGACAGCUAUGUCCGUGAGCUGAUGACUUACAUUGAAGUUGAUUCCUAUGGUGAGUGUUUACGGAACAAAGAUCUCCCUGAGCAGCUGAGAAGUCCAGCCACCAUGGAUGCUGAUGGCUUCUACAGGAUCAUUGCCCAGUACAAGUUCAUCCUUGCUUUUGAAAAUGCAGUCUGUGAUGACUACAUCACAGAGAAGUUCUGGAGACCACUGAAACUGGGGGUUGUCCCUGUGUACUAUGGUUCUCCCAGCAUCUCAGACUGGCUUCCAAGCAACAGAAGUGCUAUUCUUGUGUCAGAAUUUGCUCAUCCCAAAGAGCUUGCAAGUUUCAUCAGACAAUUGGAUUAUGAUGACCAGUUGUAUGAGACCUACAUGGAAUGGAAGCUGAAGGGUGAGAUCUCUAACCAUCGACUUCUGACCACUCUCAGGGAACGGAAAUGGGGAGUGCAGGAUAUCACCCAGGACAACUAUAUUGAUGCAUUUGAGUGUAUGGUAUGCGGCAAGGUGUGGGAAAACAUAAGGCUGCAGAAGCAGGGUUUACCACUCAAACGAUGGAAGGCAGAGGCUAUGCACUUGAGUUGCCCUGAGCCUACCACAUUUACCUUCUCAUCUCCAGUUCCUCUGGCUGGGCAUGGCAGCUCAUUGCGAGAGAUAUGGAUCCCCAGCUUCCAGCAGUCAAAGAGAGAAGCCCAGGCACUGAGGUGGCUGGUUGAUAGGAAUAAAAAUUUUUCAUCUCAAGAGUUUUGGGCCCUAGUAUUCAAGGCCUAAUUUGAAAUGGUACUGGAACGAUACAGACUAAAACCUUCUUGAGGCUAAUUUUCUUGGUUGCCUUAACAUUUGAACCUAAGAGCAAUUCUGCUCAUGAUCCUCUAGGAGAAGAAUUAACUGCUGCAGUUCUCACAGUGAUCCCUGUUGAGAAACAGGGAUGAGUUAUCCUUGGAGUGACCUCUAUAUUUUCAUACUAAAAAAGCAGACUUUAUGCAUAUUGGUUGCCUUCAGUUUACAUAUUUGGAUGCAUGUGUUUGCUACCUUCUGUAGAGAUUCAACAAAAUUUGAGCAUUUUCCUUGUAGUGGAAGCUAAGGACCUUGCUGUAGGUUUUUGAUACUCACCUCCCUGGAAGCAGCUUGUUGAUAUUUAGCAAGUGCAAUAUCUUGAUACUGAGAAUGAACGAAAUGUAUUAGAACUUGACAAUGAGCAAUCCCAUCUAUUGCUUUCCAGAGAUGUAAGAGAAACUAUGUCAGAUUUCUCUGCUGUGUGCUGUCUGUCAAAAGGACACAUGCAUAUCUCCCUUGCUCUCCAUACAUUUCUGUACACUUAUCUGGCCUUGUUCCAUGGCCUCAUCUCAUUUCCUGUCCAAGUGGAAUGUCUUAUAAGGCAGAACUCCUCUUUGUGUUCCCAUCAGGGAAAUGUCACCAAUUGUACUUCAUACAACUGAGCAGAACAAUGAAGGCCAUCAGGUUCAGGAUGAGCAGCCACAUGUUUGAUCAAGAUGAGAGUAGAACUGGAGGCCCAGGCCAUCCUUUGGAGCUGAUUAUCUUUAGGACGUUGUGCAGCCUAUUGCGGGGGACAGCCACAGACACUCGCCAUGGGAGCAUUUCCUACUUUCUGAUCCUGUCACAGAGAAGGUGUUAUAGUCUGAUGUGGGCUGUGUACUGGAGCUCCAGGAAAUCUAGAAGAAAUAACUCUGCCCAUCCUGUGAGAUGCUGAGGAGCCUUCUAGACUACACAACAAGCUAUUGCCAACUUAUGGAUUGGUCAAAGUUCUGUACUCUUCCCUGUGGAAAGACAUAUAACAUGACUGCCUCGCUGGGAAGCCAGCAAAUGAGAAGUGGAGACUAAAUCCAGAACACUCUUAGAGCAAGCAGGGGUACCUUGUUGGUGGGAGAAGAUAGCUCUGAUGAGGUUCUACCUAGUUCCACACCUGUUGCUAACUAAAUAUGAUUUUGGGUAAAGCUCCUCCCUGGGUCUUAGAUUUCACAGUGAAAAAGAAGUGGUUGAGUUGGUCUUUGAAAUUUUUGUCUGUAUAACCUUCUUUAAUUACUUGUCAGAAUUUAAGAAAUUUAUUUUUGUAGGUGGUUUUGCAAAACAGCAAUAAGCUAGUUUAACCAUGCAUUAUUCAAGGAAGUAUGUUCUUUGGAGGAAUGAGUACGUAUAUUGUAUAGUAUUGGGAAUGGAGAGGACUCAAUUUCUUUCAUUUUAUCAGGUAAUUUCAAAGCAGUAGAGGUUAGAAAGGGAGAUGGUAUAAGGCCAGGCUUUAAAUUGUAUACUUGAUGAAAAGGAUUUUCUGAACUUCUCAGCAGGAAGCCCAAACAAUGAUCUGUGCCUUUGCAGUCUAGCAUAGUAGCCUCAGUUGCCUCCACAAGUGCCUUAAACAGGGUGCUUCCAUGUGUGUUGUGCCCUAGAUCUCAAGGUUUCCUGGUCGCUCGUGUUGUCAUAGGUUUUUCCCAAGAGUUCAUUGAAAAAAAUUCUGUCUUAACUUUCCUGAAGAAUAUAGAAAAAAAAAAAAAAGUAUUAGCAGUUUACCCCACUAUGACAAGAAGGAGAGUAAUGUUGCAAUUUCUCACCCAAACAGUACAACUUUGGAAGUGCUGUUGUUGAAGAAGCCAGGAUCAUGGGCAUAAACUUGGAGUGAAGAUCCCCAUGCUUUAGAGGGUAUAGGUGAGCACAUGAUCUGUUCAGAUGCAGCCCAUGUUUCAGAAAGAGUUCCCUAGAUUUAUGAACCCCAAGGUUUGGGUUCUGUCAUAUCUUUAACAAAGAAUUAAUAAAGACAAACUCAACAAGGAUAAUUAUGAAUUACUAAGUUUAUUGAGGAGACCAUCACAAAUUGUCAGGUUUAAGUGAAAUUGAAGGUUUUUUCUUUUUUGAAAAACUGCAGUAGAGCUUGCAUAUGGACUUAAGAAAAAUACUCAUUUAAAGAGAAAUUAGUAUAAAGCUGCUGGCAUGUGGUAAGUAGGAUCUAGGAGCUUGUGUAGGGGAGACUUAGGAGGAACUGGCAUGGCUUCUUCCAGGUGUUUUUACAGAAGAGGACAAACAGUGAGGCUCAAGGAAAAAGUGAGAGGCCAGAUCAAAGCAGAGACAAAGAGAUUUAGAGGAGAAAUGAGUAAUAAAAAGAGUUACACUUAUGGUAACCCCAAGUUUAAAGAACUUACACAGGUAACAAGCAUAGAGUGGUGACAGCACCCACUGAUAGAUCUGGGGUGUAAGGAAAAUACACACGUGAUAGAUUCAGAAACCAGAGGAAAAUCAUGCAUGUAGUCAAAGUAAGAAGUUACCCCAAACUAUAAAGAAGAGGCAAGCAGACAACUUUCCCCAGACCAAGAAAUAUUUUUAUGUGCUCCCCAUUACUCAGACAGAUUCAGCAAAGGAGCAGCCAGACUCACCUAUGUCCCUGUGGCCUAGCAAAAAGAGGCAGAGCUAAGCAGCCCAACCAUGAAAAAAAAAAAAAAAAGAAAGAAAAAAAAAAGGA